GAGGGAGAGAAGCAAAAGAAGCCAAGCUGCAGCCUAACCUGGAGCACAGCCGCCACUUCCUCCGAGGCAAACCCCGGGGAUCCUCCACCGGCCCCUCCCGUCUUUCCACCCUUGGCCCGAGACGCUCCGAGGGCCCCCCCGCGAUCCGUGGACUUUUCGCUCGCUCCCGUUUGUGCUUCUCUCUCCCUCCCCCCGCUUCGCCUCCAUGUGCCGGAUAGCGGGAGCGUCGCCGCGGAUCCUGCCGCCGCUGCUGUUGAUGGUGCUGGCGGCCCUGCAGCAGGCACCUAUAAAGGCAACUUGUGAAGAAGGCAAUACAUUAUGCAAGACUGGAUUUCCUGAAGACGUUUACAGUGCAGUCAUAUCCAGGGGAGUACACGAAGGACAGCCUCUUCUGAAUGUAAGGUUUAGAAGCUGUGAAGGAAGCAGAAAAGUCUAUUUUGAAAGCAGUGCGCCAGCCAAUUUUAGAGUGGGGGAAGAUGGUGUGGUGUAUGCAGCUAGAAGCUUUCAACUUUCUCCAGAACCUGCAGAAUUCCUACUAUAUGCUAACGACAAAGAAACUGAGGAACAAUGGCAAGUGGCGGUGAAACUAGCUCUGGAGCCAGAGGAUUCAGCGAAGGAGCAAAAGAAAAAUGAAGACAUUGUAUUUCCAAGACAGCAAAAUAAGCACAGUGGCCAUUUACAAAGGCAGAAACGAGACUGGGUCAUCCCUCCAAUCAACUUGCCAGAAAACUCCAGAGGACCUUUUCCUCAGGAAUUAGUUAGGAUCAGGUCAGAUCGAGACAAAAGCCUUUCCCUGCGAUACAGUGUUACUGGACCAGGAGCUGAUCAGCCCCCAACAGGCAUUUUUAUCAUCAAUCCCAUCUCAGGUCAACUGUCAGUGACAAAACCAUUAGAUCGGGAGCAAAUAGCUUCUUUUCACCUGAGGGCACAUGCUGUGGAUGUAAAUGGAAACCAGGUGGAGAAUCCCAUUGACAUUGUUAUUAAUGUCAUUGAUAUGAAUGACAAUAGGCCUGAGUUCUUACACCAGGUUUGGAAUGGGACAGUCCCUGAAGGAUCAAAGCCAGGAACCUAUGUGAUGACUGUUACUGCAAUUGAUGCUGAUGACCCAAAUGCAUUGAAUGGAAUGCUAAGAUACAGAAUCUUGUCACAAGCCCCAAGCACCCCUUCCCCAAACAUGUUUACAAUCAACAAUGAAACAGGUGAUAUUAUCACAGUUGCGGCUGGACUUGACCGAGAGAAAGUACAACAGUAUACAUUAAUAAUUCAAGCAACAGACAUGGAAGGAAAUCCAACAUAUGGUCUUUCAAACACAGCAACUGCCGUCAUCACAGUGACAGAUGUCAAUGACAACCCUCCAGAGUUCACUGCCAUGAUUUUCUAUGGUGAAGUCCCUGAAAAUAGAGUGGAUGUUAUAGUAGCUAAUCUGACUGUGACAGAUAAGGAUCAGCCCCACACUCCUGCCUGGAACGCCAAGUACCGAAUGACUAGUGGGGAUCCCACAGGCCGGUUUACCAUUCUCACUGAUCCAAACAGCAAUGAUGGGUUGGUAACUGUUGUAAAGCCUAUUGAUUUCGAGACCAAUAGUGUGUUUAUACUGACAGUAGCUGCAGAAAACCAAGUGCCUUUGGCUAAAGGAAUUCAGCAUCCUCCUCAAUCAACUGCAACUGUAUCCAUUACAGUUAUUGAUGUGAAUGAGAGCCCAGCUUUUGUCCCAGCCACGAAGACUGUGCGUCAGGAGGAAGGGCUGCCUGCUGGUAAUUUCUUAGCGACUUUCACUGCUCAAGACCCAGAUCGUUUCAUGCAACAGACUACUCUAAGAUACUCAAAACUCUCAGAUCCUGCCAAUUGGUUGAAGAUUGAUCCUUCUACUGCUCAGAUAACAACAAUUGGUGUUCUGGACAGGGAGUCACCACAUGUGAAAAAUAACAUGUAUAAUGCUACUUUCCUUGCUUCAGACAAUGGAAUCCCUCCCAUGAGUGGGACUGGCACGUUUCAGAUAUAUCUGCUUGACAUCAAUGAUAAUGCUCCCCGAGUGGAUCCCCAAGAAGCUAUAACCUGUGAAACACUACAGCCCAAUGCAGCAAACAUCACAGCGAUAGAUAAUGACAUUGAUCCAAAUGCCGGACCAUUUGCCUUUGAAUUGCCAAAUACUCCUCCCAGCGUUAAGAGAAACUGGACUAUUAUUCGUAUCAGUGGUGACCGUGCCCAACUAGCUUUGAAGAUUAAGUUCCUUGAAGCCGGACUCUACGAUGUUCCAAUAAUAAUAACAGAUUCUGGAAAUCCUCCCAAGUCCAGCACAUCUAUUCUGAAAGUGAAGGUUUGCCAGUGUGAUUUAAAUGGAGAAUGUACAGAAUCAGACAGGAUUGUAGGUGCAGGGCUGGGCACAGGUGCCAUCAUUGCAAUUCUCCUCUGCAUCAUCAUAUUACUCAUUCUAGUUCUCAUGUUUGUGGUUUGGAUGAAACGUCGUGAUAAGGAACGUCAGGCCAAACAGUUGCUUAUUGACCCCGAAGAUGAUGUAAGAGACAAUAUUCUGAAGUAUGAUGAAGAAGGUGGUGGAGAAGAAGACCAGGACUAUGACUUAAGUCAACUCCAGCAGCCAGACACUAUAGAACCAGAUACCAUCAAACCUGCUGGAAUAAGACGACUUGAUGAAAGGCCUAUCCAUGCAGAACCUCAGUAUCCGGUCAGAUCAGCAGCUCCUCAUCCUGGGGACAUUGGAGACUUCAUUAAUGAGGGACUUAAAGCAGCAGACAAUGACCCUACAGCCCCUCCUUAUGACUCCCUCCUAGUCUUUGACUACGAGGGGAGCGGUUCCACCGCUGGAUCUUUGAGCUCUCUCAACUCUUCAAGUAGUGGUGGCGAGCAAGACUAUGACUACCUAAAUGACUGGGGCCCACGUUUCAAGAAACUUGCUGAUAUGUACGGAGGCGGUGAUGACUGAAUGCCAAGGUGGCCGACGGUGCAUUUGGACAAGUACAAACCUUUCCACUGGUAUUCCCAACAAGCAUACAGAAGCUAGGCUUUAACUUUGUAGUCUACUAGCACAAGUGCUUGCUGAAGGCUUUGGCGUAGGCUGCAAACCUAUUUGGUUUCACUGGGAAUAUCAGUCAUCCAAUGCUGUUUGGAAAAAGGAAAACAAACAAUUGAGCUCAGUUACACUUGAAUUUUACAGUACAGAAGCACUGGGAUUUUAUGUGCCUUUUUGUACCUUUUUCAGAUUGGAAUUAGUUUUAUGUUUAAGGCUUUAAAUGGUACUGAUUUAUGAAAAGAUGAGACAAACCACAUUGGGGUGGGGAGAAAGAUCAAUCACCAAUAUGCUUCAACAUGCUUUUGUUACAUUGCAUUGCUUUUAUUAAAAUAAGGAAAUUGAAAAGAAAAAAAA